UCUUUUCCUCAUUUAUUUACUUUUUUUUAUCUUUUUUUUUUUUUUUGUUUUUGUUUUUGUUCAAUAUUAUUCAUAAUUCGCGGAAUUGUCGUCAAUUGUAGACGAUCGCGCGCGCUCUUCGAGUUGUUUAUUAUCCUAUUUUUGAGAAAUCGUUAAUAUUAUAACCUUGAGCGUUUCAAUAAUAAAUUGUUUUUUUUUUGUCUUCCUUUAGUUAAGUUUCGUAAUGAAUAAAGCAACAGUUUUCGUUUGAUCGACGAAGCGUACGCACAUACGACUCGUAGUUUUUAUUCGUUACUUGUUCUUUAAUUUUCUUUCUUCUAUUUUUUUUUUUUUUUUUAAUUGGGAUAAAUUUAUAACGAGUUCAUUGACGUAUAAUAUUAUUUCUUGAAUGAUGUUUACGGGUACAUUAAAGAUCGAAAUAUGCGAAGCCAUAGGACUUAAAAUGAACGAAAAACAACAAGAUUUUUCUCAAGAGGAAUCUAUAUUAAAUUGUUACGUACAAAUUGACAUCAACGAGAAUCAUCUUGAUCGUUCCUCGACCAAAUACAAUACCCUAGAUCCUGUUUGGAAUGAAAUCUAUACUCACGAAGUUCAAAAUGCUGUUGUACUUAGAUUAAUUCUUUUCCACGAAGUUGAUUUACCUUAUGAUUAUUUCGUUGCCAAUUGCAGUAUUCCAUUUGAGGAACUCAUUGGAGGAGAGCUCGACAAAACUACUGAUCUUUGGGUCGAUCUCAAACCUCAGGGUAAAUUGCGCGUGAAGAUAGAUUUGAUACGUAACAACGAUACAGAUAGUUGUCCUGAUAAAAUCGCUAAAGAAUCUAUUGUUAAUGGUAAAAGUAAUAAAAAUAUUAAUUACGUAAAAGAGUCUAAAAAAGAAUCUAAAGAUUUUCAAGGAUUUAAUCAUAAAAGAGGUACUAUGAGUCAUAGAAUUCAUCAAGUCUAUGGUCAUAAAUUUAUGGCCGCAUUUUUAAAACAACCAUCGUUCUGCUCACAUUGCCACGAAUUCAUAUGGGGUUUUGGCAAGCAGGGCUAUCAGUGUCAAGUUUGCUCUUGCGUAGUUCACAAACGAUGUCAUAAUUUGGUUAUUGCAAAAUGUUCUGGAAUGGUAGAUGAGGACAGAGAGGGUGGACUUCAAUCACAUGAAAAUGAAAUAGAUAUGCCGCACCAAUUCUUUGUUCAUACUUAUAAAAGGUGUACAUUUUGCGAUCAUUGUGGUUCUCUUUUAUAUGGAUUAUAUAGACAAGGCGUACAAUGUAAAGCUUGUAACAUUAAUAUUCAUAAAAGAUGUCAUAAAAAUGUGGCCCGCAAUUGCGGUAUAAACGCGAAGCAGGAGGUGGCAUAAUUUUAAGCAAAAUGUUCGUUUUUUUUUCUUUUUCUUUCUUUUUUCUUAUUAAAAACAGAACAAAUUUCAAGAACAAGGAUCAAGACUAAUCCAAUUUUGGUAAAUGGCACUUAAUAAUCCUCUUAAUGUUAUAUCUCCAAAGAGAAGAAAGUGUGAUUUAUAAUUACAAGAAAUAUAUGCAGGUAGAUUAUACAUGCACAUAUAUAAUGAUAUAAUAUAUGGAUUUUAGAGAUUUUAAUCUAAUAUAUAUAUAAAAGAUAUGUCAAAAGUUACUUAAGCGAUUAUCAAAAGUUAAUUAUUAUUUUUAGAAAUUUUUUUUUCGCAAAAUAAUAAUCGAUUUUUAUAAUCGCUUAUGGGAACUUUUUUGACCCAUCCUAUAUAUUUUAUAAAUGUUUUAAUCGAAACUAAUAUAUAUAUAUAUAUAUUUGAUGAUUUUUUUUGGACGAGAAUGAUUCAAUAACAUUGUAACAUUGUGUGUGUGUACACCAAUGUAAACAAUUUAGAUCUAUAGAAUACUUCGAUUGUUUAUACAAAUUAAUAAAGAUCGCGAUUUAUUUUA